UCUUUCAAUUACAAAAGAAUCCUUCAAGUAUUAAAAAAAAUCCUACAAGUACAAAACAAAAUUCUACAAGUACGAAACCAAAUUCCACAAGUACCAAACGAAAUUCUACAAGUACGAAAACCUGUCACGUGACUUUUGGCACUAAUUUUCCGCCUUGCUGAUCCACACACAUGCUUGUAAAAUGGGAUGUAAUUCGCACUCCACAACAGCAGGUGGCGCUGUUACCGACUUGCUUGCCGCCGCCACGGACAUGGAAAGAGAAGAGAAGAAGAAACGCUAGCGUGAGGAGGGUGUUUUGAACACGAUGAGCUGCCAACAGGAACUGCUUGCACAAACAAUGUUAGAGAGGCUCCAAACACGCCUCCAGCAUAUUGUCAGUCAGCAACCACUUGACCUGGAUUACCUUGAAUUUGUGUGUUCUCAGGAGGCUGUUCUUUUUAGUGCUGCCUCUAACCAGGUUCUCAUCCCAAAAGCCAUUGUAGAUGCACUCACAGAGCUGCACAAGUUGGUUGUUGAAGAAAGAGAAAAUCAGGUCCCCAUAGUAUCUGUGCAGGUUUGUCAUGGAGCAACUGGGCGUCCAAGAUUUAACAUUUCUCCGGAUUCUCUGUUACAUCUCAUCAACCAAGGUCUUCCUGUGCCGUGUAUUGCUAACUUGAUGGGAGUGUCCACUCGCUCUCUCUUCAGAAGAAUGAGAGAGUUUGGCUUUUCUGUCAGAGCAAGCUAUAGCACCUGUACAAACGCAGAGUUGGACCAUUUGGUAACUGAAAUAAAAAAAGACAUGCCUCAUGCUGGCUACCGCUUGGUUAAGGGAAGCUUGCAGGCCAGAGGAUUCAGAGUGCAGUGGGAGAGGGUGCGGGCCUCCAUGCACCGUGUGGACACUGUUGGCAUCCUUUGUCGCAUGAACCAGCUAGGGUGUGUUGUGCGUCGUACCUACUCAGUUCCUGGUCCCAAAGCCCUGGUCCACGUAGACACCAAUCACAAGCUAAUACGGUACAACAUUGUCAUUUUUGGUGCUGUGGAUGGCUUUUCUCGAAAGAUCAUGUACCUGGGUGCAGCAAACAAUAAUCGGUCCUCAACAGCACUGGCUUUCUUCCAGCAAUCAGUGGAGAGAUUUGGAUUUCCAUCAAGGGUAAGAGCGGAUCAUGGAGUCGAGAACGUUGACAUUGCACGGCUGAUGUUCUCUGUCAGGGGAACAGGAAGGUCCAGUUUCAUUGCUGGGAAGAGCGUGCACAAUCAAAGAAUUGAACGACUCUGGAGAGAUGUGUGGUGUGCUGUGACCAACAUAUACUACAGUGUGUUGCAUUCACUAGAGGAGGAUGGUUUGCUUGAUCUGUCAAACAUCACACACCUCUUCAGUUGUCAUUAUGCAUUUCUGCCCAGACUACAAGCUAGUCUUGAUGUCUUCACCAGUGGAUGGGAUAACCACCCACUUAGAACUGAGGGUAACCUAACACCCAAUCAGCUGUGGGAGAUGGGGAACAUUCAGCAUGCUAUGGCAGAACCAGAAAAUGCAGAGGGAUUGUACCUACCACAUUUGGACUGGGAGGACAGUGGCCUGCCUGAGGAGCCACACCAUGGUGUCACUGUUCCUGAGAUGGGCAAUGUACUGAGUGAUGAACAAAUGGCAGCACUAAGGAGAGAUAUAAAUCCCCUGGGACACUCCCAAUCACAUGGCUCAGACAUCUACCUACUUACCGUCCAGUAUGUCCAGCAAUUACUAGGCUUACAGUAAAACCUACUAGGCGAAGGAGCUGAUUUUGUGCAAUUGUAACACAAAUACACACAUUCUCUACAUACACAUACAUUUGGGACACUUAUUAACAUCUCUAUCGUUUCUUUUCACACUAAAACCACAAUAAAUAUUUCUGAAUCAGUUUUGUAAUGA